GCUUUCUAGAGCCCGCCUUGACGCUCCGAUGAGCUCAUAGCAGCCCUCCUCGAGGCCUAUAUAGCCUGCUUCUGCUGCAAUGAGUACUUCAUCAAGCUCACAUCCUCCAGCUCCCGCUCCUUCCUCUCUUCCUCUUCCUCUUCACGACCUUUCAGCGUCAUGGCUGGUUCCUCCCUCGACCAGAACCCUCCCAAUGCUGAUCGCCACAUCACCGCAGGCGGCAGUGACUGGUUGUGGGCCGUCUUUGCCAUAAUGGCGCUUGCCGACCUGGGCAUGAUUGCUCAUGCCUUCACCCGCCCUCGCGGCACCCGUUUCUUCCACAACAUUGCUACUGUCAUCCUGACGACUUCGACGAUCGCCUACUUCGCCAUGGCAUCUGACCUUGGUGCGACACCCGUCCUCGAAGAGUUUACUCGUGGUGUUCCUGGAUCGACACGUCAGAUUUGGUUUGUCCGCUACAUUCAGUGGUUCAUCAACUUCCCGCUGCUUCUCGUUCUCGUCCUCUUCACCUCGGGCCUAUCCCUCUCCGACAUCCUCACCACCGCCUUCAUGGCCUGGGUCGUCGUCGUCUGCGGCCUCGUCGGUGCUCUCGUCGUCAGCACCUAUAAGUGGGGCUUCUUCGUCCUUGGCGUCUGCGCCCUGUUCUACAUCUGGGCCAUCCUCCUCGGCCACGGCACGCGUUCGAACUUCGCUGCGGGCCCAGGCGUCCGCACUGGCUACAUCCGCGGCGCAGGCCUCAUUGCAUUCAUCACCAUGCUUUACCCGAUCGCGUGGGGCUGCUCCGAGGGCGGCAACGUCAUCUCCCCGACGGGCGAGAUGAUCUGGUACGGCAUCCUCGACCUCAUCCUCGGCCCCAUCUUCCUCCACUACUUCAUCUGGGGCCUCCGCAAAGUCGACUACGGCCUCUUUGGCCUCCACUCGGGCAAGUACACCGACGGUCCAUACGGCACAACGGGCGCAGGCUACGGUGCCGGUGCCGGUGCCGGUCGGGGUGCUGCUGCCCCCGCGGCAGCUGCUGGCCCGAACAUGACCACCGCGAACCGCGUAUAAAAGCGGUGUGGCUGUUGUUUUCGAUAUGCCCUUUCAUGACCCGUUUGAUGAUCCUAAGAUAGAUGCCUGCAGAUUCUAAUUUGUAACUGUAAUGCUUUUUUGAAACCCCCCAUUCACGAUUCCUUCGCCACAGUUUCUGAAUGUAUACAAGUAUUACCGUAGUACCAGCAAUAGUUCUCAGUACUAAGUGCACGUGUGAGACCUGUGAGGAGCAUACGACGUGUUGA